AUGCCUUUGAUCCUCCCAGAAGGGCUUGAGUCCUUGGAAGAGCUCGACACUUUCCUCAAACACCAAGUGUUGGACGUAAGGACAAUGGCCGCGGAGAUCGUGCUUUCCCUUUCUGCUACCGAGGAAGGACGGCGGGGCAUGGUGGAGGCGGGUUUAGUGCCCCGCUUGUGCCGACUCUCAGGCGACCAGGGCAAGGUAUUCGAGUAA